UUCCAGGGCGACUACAUCGUGUCGACGCGCGUGAGGUGCGGCCGCUCGAUGGAAGGCUACCCGUUCAACCCGUGCCUCACCGAGGCUCAGUACAAGGAGAUGGAGGAGAAGGUGUCGACCACUCUGUCCGGCCUCGAGGACGAGCUGAAGGGAACGUUCUACCCGCUGACCGGCAUGAGCAAGGAGACCCAGCAGAAACUCAUCGACGAUCACUUCCUCUUCAAGGAGGGCGAUCGCUUCCUCCAGGCAGCCAACGCCUGCCGAUUCUGGCCGUCCGGUCGUGGUAUCUUCCACAACGACGCCAAGACCUUCCUAGUCUGGUGCAAUGAGGAGGAUCACCUUCGCAUCAUCUCCAUGCAGAUGGGCGGCGAUCUCGGACAGGUGUACCGACGUCUCGUCACUGCCGUUAACGACAUCGAGAAGAGGAUCCCGUUCUCGCACCACGACAGACUUGGAUUCUUGACCUUCUGCCCAACAAAUCUGGGCACCACCGUGCGCGCUUCCGUGCACAUCAAGGUCCCUAAGCUUGCCGCCAACAAGGCUAAGCUUGAGGAGGUCGCCACCAAAUUCAAUCUCCAGGUCCGUGGAACUCGUGGUGAGCAUACCGAGGCUGAGGGCGGCAUCUACGACAUCUCUAACAAGAGACGUCUCGGUCUUACCGAGUACCAGGCUGUCAAGGAAAUGCAUGAUGGCAUUGCCGAACUCAUCAAGAUCGAGAAGGAGCUUUAAAGGGUUUGAAAUUAACUAGGAGCUGCGAGGAGAUUUGUUCUGUCUCCGAUCAUCAUCCCCAAACCCCGUCAUAUUUUUUUUGAAUCCCUGGUAUCAUCAGCAGCAACAGAAAAGCGCGAAAGGGGCGCGAUACUAAUCAACAGUGGAAUUGACAAUGCUAAGAAUCCUACAAAGAUAACUAAACAAACGAUUGAUAGUAACUUUGCCGGCGUAUUGUAAUUGUAUGCAAGUGUAUUAUGGAUUUUUUCGUUGCACAGCGAGUAUAUUGUUGAUUGUUAUUACAACGCUUUUUACCUUCAAUUUGGUAACAACAUUGUCAAAGAGAAUCUUUAAUUUAUAUAUUUUUACGUUGCUAAGGUACUUGAAGUUCGAUCAGUUCCUUAUAAUUUCAUUGUUAAAAAUCUAGAUAAGCAUGGCCGGGGAAUCGAGGUUUGGGAGGUAUAGAUUUAAAAACCUAAAAAAAUAACAAAAAAAAAAAUAACCAAAGGAGAAAAAAACAACAGGAUACCGCGAGCAGCUUGUACUAUAUGAUUGUAUGUUGUGAUUUUCAGUAUUUACUCGGUUUUUGCCCCUAUCGCUCCACUUUAUUUUGUAUUAUCGUCGUGCAGACAUCGCUUGUUUUACUCAAUUUUUAAAUAUUUAGCUUGUGUAGUACUCAGUGUAACGACAAAACAUCUUAUAGCUGUACACAAAGAGCACGUAGUAUUCGAGUAAACUUGCUCUUCGCUUUUCCGUAUUAUAUAUAAUUUUCCUUUGUAUUUUUCACUUUUAUCGUUCUGCUUAUAUAUCUAUUCAUUUACGCAUUAUAUUUCGUUAAGCUCAAUUAUAGAUUUUGGUUCACGUAUAGUCACACUCGUGCUAUCCAAACGUUUUUAAUUGUGAUCGUUUCAUUUAGAGCGAAGCGCUAAAAAACAAAGUAACUAAAGAAAAAGUGGAAGAAAAAAAAUAACAAACAUGAUAUUUUAGAUUAAUAAAAAAACAAAUACGUAAGCACACUCGAUCGCGAAGAACAAAAAUCCGGUAUGGAUGUGAGUGUUUGCAAUGGAAAAAACGUUCAUUUAUCAAUGUAGCGCGGUCGGAUCGUUCAAUGUAUUUUCUUUUCAAAAGAGAAAUAAUAUUUCUGCUUACUGUCUUUAAUGAAGCUAUACACGUUCGAUCUUUUUUAAAACGACUGAGCGAAAAAUCUAAAAAAGAGAUAAUGAUGAAAAAGCGAGUGCAGUCGAACGAAAGGUGUGUGCGAGAAUGAAGCGCGUGAGCGUGACACAUUUGCUAAUCGCAGUAUUCGUUUAUUCUAUCCAAAGAUCGCCAGAUGUAUUGAAAAUACGAAAUUAGAACACGAAUAAAAAGACGUACACCUUAA